GAGCCGCUAACUGGCUGCUAACUUCUGUUCGGAACCGAGAUAAAAAAAAAACUCAACUUAAUCUGAAGGAUUGGUUUGUCCGGAUGAUUUAAUUUACGAUUCAUUGUCCUGUGCUCUUUGCCGGGUUCCCUUUCUGUGAGGUUGAGAGAUUUCUGAAGCAGUUCUCACGCUGUUUGGAGCAAAGGGUGCUCUUGUUGACAUCCAUGGCAGCAGAUACAGCUCCAUCUGUUCCAAGUGGGAAACACGGACGCUUCUUUAAAUGAUCCCUGUAAUCUCUGCACAUUCGGCAGUGACAGCAGGACUAAUACUACCACUGUGCACUGUUUGGGCAAAAUGAAACUACAGUGCGAUGUCGAAGUACUGAACCGUCAGCUCCCCACGUACGGGAUGAAAGGUCGUGGAAAGGGGACGAGAGCUGUUCUGUCCAUCGGGAAACACCUGGACAAAACAAGUCAACGCAGCAACGUGUAUAUGCUGAUCUGUACCGCCAAGGACCGAGCGGGAUCCAAGUACAAGCUCAAAGACAACAUUGAAAAGUUCUUCACAUGGUUUGUGGAAGAAGGUAAAGCUACUGUCCGAUUAAAAGAGCCAACAGUUGACAUCUGUUUGAGCAAGGCAGAUCCAAACAGCCUGAAGAACUUCCUGUCUGCAGCGCGGUUGGCAGACAGGGGGAGUGAGACCAGCAGCCUACCUCUGUCCACACUCACUCCUGUUCGGGCUCGAGAUGUGGAGCAGCCCAAGAAGAAGCUCUCCAUCCUCUCAAAGAAGGACUACCCUCUGACCUCCAACUUCCCGUACUCUCUGGAGCAGUUGCAGGUGUCCUGGUGCAAACUCACACGAAUCGACAUGCGCAUGCUCUCCCUGAAAGCUCUGCGUGUCCUGGACCUUAGCAGUAAUCACAUAAAGAAGCUGCCAGCGACUAUUGGAGACCUGAGCUGCCUGUCACAACUGAACCUCCGGAACAACCACCUGGAGUCAUUCAGUGAGGCUCUGUGUUUGUCCACGCUCCAGAAGACUCUGCAGUCCCUAGACUUAUCCCACAACCGCCUGCGGUCCCUCCCCCCAGCGUUCUGUCAGCUUCGAGAACUGGUCACCGUCAAAGUGGACGACAACCAGCUGGUCUGUUUGCCCUUCCACAUCGGCCGCCUGUCCAAGCUCCGUUUUCUGUCUGCAGCCCACAACCAACUGUCUGUGCUGCCCAUGGACUUCAGGAAGCUCAGCUUGGAGAAUCUGGACCUGUUUGGGAACCCCUUUAUCCAGCCUAAUCCUCUGGACCAUACCAUCAAACUCACUUUCCCUCUUCCUCUACAGGAGAUUGCUUCUAGGGCUGUUGCAAACCAGAGGAUAAUAUUUGGCCCUCAGCUCAUCCCUGCUCAUCUGUGUCGGGACCUGGAGGUGGCAAAGACCUGCUGCUGUGGGCAAGUGUGUAUCAGACAGUACAUCCAGAGCAGCGUAAGCAUGAACCUGCACCAGGUGUCCCACACAGUGGUGUUAGUGGACGACAUGGGGGGCACCGAUGCCCCGGUCCAGCAGUACUUCUGCUCACUCACCUGCUACUCCCACUUCUUAGACAACUCUCUCCAGAGAGCAGCCAGAUAAGAGCUUCACUUUGACAGUGAAGGUGUAAGACUCGAUUUUUACAAUACUAUCAGUUCAACUUACAGGAACCCUCAACUGUUUUCCAGAACAUAACCUGCCAAACAUCCCCAAAGCUGCUGCAGAGUACUUUACAACUUUAUUUGUCAGAUACUUUCACUAUAGCACAAAAGCAUGGUAUCUUCAUUCAGUCUUUUUAAUCAGCAGGCUUUAAAUACCCUUCACUGCAUCUCUGCAAGGGUAAAGUUGAGUGGACUGUUGUAACUUUUAUAUGUUUAAGCAUUUAAUAAACUGAGAGUAUUCUAACCCUGUCCCUGAGUGACAUUUCACCAUUAUGUAAAGGAGUUUGUGUAGUGCAAGGAAUAGGAGAAAGCUUUCACUUAAGCAGAUGUCAGAUAAAUGGCAAGUGUUUUUAAUAAGUCAUGAAAAUAAUACAUCGCUUUCUAAUUUGAACAUUUCAUAUUUAAAAUUUGCUUCUGUAGCCCGUUAAACGUGUGCCAUGCGUAUCGCCUCAGCUCAGUCCAGCUCGAACAAGAGGGAGUUUUGGAAGCUGAAGCCCGCAGUGGUCACAUGAUCACUGAUGACCUGCUCUAAGCCGUCCUCUUUUACCUCCCGCAACAAAACCGGGGGAACACUUGUAUUUUCAAAGUCCCUCUCUGGUUUCAGAAGAUCUUCAUCCACCUCCUCUGCAGCUGUAACAGUCUCUGAGGCUCCAGGUAGAUCCUCCAGUGCCUAACAAAUAAUACAGAAAGAUGAAAUUAAUUUCCAGGGACAGAUAGAAUAAUGAGAAACUCCAUUUUAUUUACCUUUCUUAACUGAUCUGUUUCUGUUUUGAUUAAAUCUUUUGAUUCUAA